UUGUUAAAUGAAGCAGUGGAGUUAAAAGUCGAAAUGGUGAAAAAAGGGAUAAAGCCAGAUGUGUUUACUUAUACAACUCUGUUGUCAGGAUUUGAGAAGGCUGGGAAGGAUGAGUCUGCAGUGAGGGUUUUUGACGAGAUGAGAAGUGCAGGUUGUAAUCCAAAUAUAUGUACCUUUAACGCUCUUAUUAAGAUGCAUGGCAACAGGGGAAAAUUUACGGAAAUGAUGAAGGUUUUUGAAGAGAUCAAGGGCAGUGGAUGUACCCCAGAUAUUGUCACUUGGAAUACUCUUCUGGCAGUCUUUGGGCAGAAUGGGAUGGAUUCUGAAGUGUCUGGAGUGUUCAAGGAAAUGAAGCGAGCAGGGUUUGUAGCUGAGAGGGACACUUUCAAUACCUUGAUCAGUGCUUAUAGCCGCUGUGGGUCUUUUGACCAAGCAAUGGCUGUUUAUAAGAGAAUGUUGGAAGCAGGGGUCUCUCCAGACCUAUCCACCUACAAUACUGUUUUAGCAGCAUUGGCGCGGGGAGGGCUUUGGGAACAGUCUGAGAAAGUGCUCGCUGAAAUGGAGGAUGGUCGAUGUAAACCUAAUCAGCUGACUUACUGUAGUUUGCUUCAUGCUUAUGCUAAUGGGAAGGAAAUUGAACGGAUACAUGCUCUUGCACAAGAUAUAUAUUCUGGAAUUAUCGAACCCCAUGCUGUGCUUUUGAAGACCCUUGUUUUAGUCUACAGUAAAAGUGACCUGUUAAUGGAAACAGAACAAGCUUUCCUGGAGUUGAGAAGAAAAGAUUUGUCGCCUGACAUAACUACUCUCAAUGCCAUGGUUUCCAUUUAUGGUCGAAGGCAAAUGAUUACCAAGGCAAAUGAGAUAAUAAACUUCGUGAAUCAGAUGGGGUUCACUCCUAGCUUGACCACGUACAAUAGUUUGAUGUAUAUGUACAGCCGAUCUGGAAAUUUUGAGAAAUCUGAAGAAAUACUGAGAGAUCUUUUGGCAAAAGGAAUCAAGCCAGAUGCUAUUUCUUAUAACACCGUGAUAUAUGCAUAUUGUAGAAAUGGUCAGAUGAGAGAGGCCUCACGGGUCUUCAAGGAAAUGACGGAAUCUGGGCUUGUUCCAGAUGUGAUCACAUAUAACACCUUUGUUGCAAGUUAUGCAGCCAAUGGAAUGUUUGUGGAUGCCAUUGAUUUGGUUCGAUACAUGACCAAGCAUGGCUGUAAACCAAAUGAGAGCACAUACAACUGCAUCUUGGAUUGGUAUUGUAAGCUUGAUAGGAGAGAUGAAGCAAUAAUGUUUGUUAAUAACCUGCGUAAGCUUGAACCCCAUGUAUCUAAGGAGGAAGAAUGUAGAUUGUCAGAAAGAUUGACAAGUAAGUGACUGCAGAAGAUCGUCUUCUGGUAAUGGGUUCCGGGCCACUGGAAUGGUGUCUGUCCCAAGAAUCUUGUAUUCGUCCUGUUCUUUCCCUGCUUCUGGUGGUAUUAUAUCACGAAAGCAGCAAGAACAGUGUGAUAUUGUUGUAUAUUAUUCUUUUUCUAUGUGGAUUUCUAUAGCAGCUGAUUCAUGAACUUGUGUAUAUGAGGGCCCUGAGCUAUAUGCUUUGGACACCCUGUAAAGCUGGGCAUCAGACCUUUUGUAACUCACUUGGAAAAUAGCUGGGAAAGCUGAGGAUAAGGUUGCUCAGUUAUAGUGGAUAAAUGAUUGGCAUCCACUGAAGAUGGCAGCAGUAAAGGGUGGAGCACGAAUGAGGUAGCUUAUGCUUUUCUUUAUUUUUCGCUUCCUCGUCUGGUAAAUAGGUUCCAAUAGAGAAGCUUCUCCUGUUGGUGGAAGGAUGCUUUAAGUGUAUGGUUGUUGUCAUGAACAUGGUCUGGUGUUGCUUAGUGUGUGGUUUGUUCGUAUAUUGAUUUUUCAUGACUUAUAUGUGCUAAAUCCUUGCGUUUCAAAGUUUAUUUGACUGUGCUUCUGCCGUGGCGCUAGGAUUAUCUAAACUCUGACCUGUUCAUAAGAAAUACAUAUUCUUGUUUCAUUACAAACUAACAUAUGUAUGGGAAAUCAACCAAGAAGCCGGAGUAGCAGUGAGCAAGUGUGGAUUAGGGUUCGUAUUGUGUUUUAGAAUUUCAUUUUCUG